AAAAAAAAGAAGUGCAUCGGAAAUGUCUUCUUAUUUCUUUUCAACCUCGGGCGAUUUCCUGCUUACUUUUCCCAUCUUUGACUCCCCUGUUUUUUUUAAACGAACACAACACAAAAACUCCAGGCCCCCGCUUCCCAUUUUCUCUCUCCCAGUCUUCCCUGCGGUAACCUCCAUCUACUCUGCCGGUGCUUCCCUCGUGUCACAGCGGCAGCGCCGCCUCUUUGAACUUUGAGCCGUCCCGUCGUCAGUCAAACUUAAGGACCGAGUUAGUCGUGGUGGUAUGAAGAGGUGAAUGCUAGGGUUUUGGUGUUGAAGGAGGAGAUAGAUCUGCUAAAGUUUGGCUUUAAUUGUUUUGGUUUUGGUUUUUGGAAAUAGAGAGGUAAAGGCGUUUGGAUGGUAAGAGAAGGAGGGAAAGAGGGGAGAAGAGAAGAGAAAGGAGGAGGUGGUAGUAGCGGAUGAUGAACGGAGCUCAAGAGAGCGAUCGUAAAGGGAGGUGGCAUUUUGGUAAUUUCUUCACAUGGAAUGGCAGAUCUUGUUAGCUACGGCAAUGCCCAACGUGACAUCGACCAGGCAUUAAUAGCUUUGAAGAAGGGUGCUCCGCUUCUGAAAUAUGGUCGCAAGGGAAAGCCUAAGUUUUGUCCGUUCAGACUUUCUAAUGAUGAAACAUCUUUAAUCUGGAUUUCAAGCAGUGGUGAAAGAAGUUUGAAGUUAGCCUCAGUGUCUAAAAUUAUUCCUGGACAAAGAACUGCUGUUUUCCAGAGGUAUCUCCGUCCUGAGAAGGAUUAUUUAUCCUUUUCUCUUAUAUACAACAACGGGAAGAGGUCACUUGAUCUGAUUUGCAAGGAUAAAGUUGAGGCAGAGGUUUGGAUUGCAGGCCUCAAAGCAUUAAUAACCUCUGGUCAGGGUGGACGCUCUAAAAUUGAUGGCUGGAGUGAUGGAGGCCUCUACCUUGAUGAUGGCAGAGACCUGACUUCAAAUAGUGCAAGUGACAGUUCUGUUAGCGCUACUCGAGAUAUUAGCUCCCCUGAGGUUUCUGUCAGUUUUAACCCCAACACUUCUCCAAACAGUUUACGGCCUGAGAAUUUUCUUCAUUCUGAAAGAUCACAUGUAGCAUCAGACAGCACAAAUAUGCAAGUGAAAGGAUCUGGUUCAGAUGUUUUUCGUGUAAGUGUUUCUAGCUCCCCAAGUACUUCAAGUCAUGGUUUUGCACCUGAUGAUUAUGAUGCUUUAGGGGAUGUGUAUAUAUGGGGUGAGGUUAUCUGUGAUAAUGUUGUGACGAUUGUGGCUGAUAAGAAUGCCAAUUAUUUGAGCACGAGAGCAGAUGUGCUUCUUCCCAGGCCUUUGGAGUCUAAUGUAGUUUCAGAUGUACAUCAUGUAGCCUGUGGGGUCAAGCAUGCUGCCCUAGUUACAAAGCAAGGAGAAGUUUUUACAUGGGGUGAAGAAUCUGGAGGACGACUUGGCCAUGGUGUUGGCAAGGAUGUUAUUCAACCUCGUCUUGUUGAAUCACUGGCUGUUACUAAUGUUGAUUUUGUUGCCUGUGGAGAAUUUCAUACUUGCGCCGUUACAAUGUCUGGGGAACUUUAUACAUGGGGAGAUGGAACUCACAAUGCUGGCCUUCUUGGUCAUGGUUCUGAUGUCAGCCAUUGGAUACCAAAGAGAAUUUCAGGUCCUCUCGAGGGACUUCAAGUUGCUUCAGUAACUUGUGGUCCAUGGCAUACAGCAUUGAUAACAUCAACAGGACAGCUGUUUACUUUUGGGGAUGGUACAUUUGGUGUCCUGGGCCAUGGUGACACAGAAAAUGUUCCGUAUCCAAGAGAAGUAGAGUCUCUGUCAGGAUUGAGAACAAUUGCUGUGGCAUGUGGAGUGUGGCAUACUGCUGCCAUUGUGGAGGUUAUUGUCACUCAGUCUAGUGCUAGUGUUUCAUCAGGAAAAUUAUUCACAUGGGGGGAUGGUGAUAAAAAUCGUCUUGGACAUGGGGAUAAGGAACCCCGGCUUAAGCCCACAUGCGUUCCAGCACUAAUUGAUUACAAUUUUCAAAAAGUUGCUUGUGGACAUAGUUUGACAAUUGGUUUGACAACAUCAGGGCAUGUUUUUACAAUGGGGAGUACUGUGUACGGUCAACUUGGGAAUCCCAAUGCUGAUGGAAAGAUACCAUGUUUGGUAGAAGACAAGGUUUCAGGGGAAUGUGUUGAAGAAAUUGCCUGUGGUGCAUAUCAUUUAGCGGUUUUAACAUCCAAGAAUGAAGUCUAUACAUGGGGAAAAGGAGCUAAUGGUAGGUUGGGCCAUGGGGAUGUUGAAGAUCGAAAAACUCCUACUCUGGUUGAGGGUUUGAAGGAUAGACAUAUCAAAUAUAUUGCUUGUGGUUCAAAUUAUAGUGCUGCAAUAUGUCUCCAUAGAUGGGUAUCUGGUGCUGACCAAUCUCAGUGUUCGGCUUGUAGACAGGCUUUUGGUUUCACCAGAAAAAGGCAUAACUGUUAUAACUGUGGACUGGUACACUGCCAUUCCUGCAGUUCAAGGAAAGCACUAAGAGCAGCUUUGGCUCCUAAUCCUGGGAAACCAUAUCGUGUCUGUGAUUCCUGUUUUGCCAAACUGAGCAAGGUUUCAGAAGCUGGUAAUAGCAGGAGGAAUUCUGUGCCUCGCCUUUCAGGUGAGAAUAAGGACAGGUUGGAUAAGACUGAAAUAAGAUUAUCCAAAUCCGCAACUCCUAAUAUGGACUUGAUUAAGCAGUUAGAUAACAAAGCAGCCAAGCAAGGAAAAAAAACUGAAACGUUCUCCUUGGUUCACUCUACUCAAGUACCUUCUUUAUUACAGUUGAAAGAUGUUUUGUCUACAGCUGUAGAUUUGCGAUGGACAGUUUCUAAACCAAUUCUUACUCCAUCUGGAGUAAGUUCCAGAUCUAUUUCACCUUUCUCAAGGAGACCUAGUCCACCACGUUCUGCUACCCCAAUUCCAACAACAUCAGGGCUUUCUUUCUCCAAAAGUAUCACAGAUGGUUUGAAAAAGACAAAUGAACUUUUUAACCAAGAAGUUCUUAAGUUGCGUGCACAGGUUGAGACCCUGAGACAGAGAUGUGAACUCCAAGAAUAUGAGCUUCAAAAAUCAACAAAGAAAGCUCAGGAAGCUAUGGCAGUGGCUGCAGAGGAGUCUGCUAAAUCUAAAGCUGCCAAAGAAGUUAUAAAGUCAUUGACAGCACAGCUCAAGGAUAUGGCUAAGAGAUUGCCUCCUGGAGUUUAUGACAGUGAGAACAUUAGACCAGCAUACCUGCCAAAUGGCUUGGAGCCAAAUGGUGUUCACUAUCCAGAUUCAAAUGGAGAGGGACAUUCGAGAUCUGAUUCAAUUGGUGGCUCUUUCCUGGCUUCUCCCACUGCAAUCGACUCUACUACAAUCAAUGGCACUCAGAGCCGAGCCCAGUUACGUAGGGAAUCAACUGGAGCCAAUGGUGCUGUGUCAGAGGCUGUUGAUGAAAGGGAAUCUGGGUCUUUUGGAGAUGGUGAAAAUGGCAUGAAAUCUAGAAAUUCCGCAUUGGUUGCCAAUGGCAAUCAAGUGGAGGCUGAGUGGAAUGAACAGUAUGAGCCUGGUGUCUACAUAACUCUUGUAGCACUGCAGGAUGGAACUAGGGAUCUCAAACGAGUGCGCUUCAGCCGGAGAAGAUUUGGAGAGCACCAAGCAGAAAAUUGGUGGUCAGAAAACCGUGAAAAGGUGUAUGAGAGGUACAAUGUUCGGGGAUCAGACAAAGUAUCAAUUUCUGGGCAAACUGCACGCAGAUCAGAGGGAAAUCUCUCGCCCACUUCGCAACUGUAACGAAUAGGAGGGAGGGACAUUUACCAUCGACGACCCAUUUGUGCCGGGGAUGAGUCUAGGGAGGGAGAAACGAAGCAUGAACCCCGUUUUCAUUUUUCUUUUUCUAUUUCUCUUUUUGUUCGCUCAUUAUAUUUUUUUGAUUCCCCCCUCCUCUUUUCUUUCAUUUAAUUUAUAGGUAUUUACCCUUGACAAAUCCCUUGUAUUGUAGUGUAUAUAAGAUUAUCAUUUGCGAGUCAAAUUUGAAUGCAAUUGAAAAAGAAAGAAUAGGUAAGUAGUCUUUGUCGUGAUCAAUGCAUGAGAUCAAAAAGGGUUUUAGUACUAUACAAUAUCAACAUGAGCCAUCAGUGUGAUGCAACUGGGCACUAAGAAUUUGGUGAAGAAGAGGUAUGCUAAAUUGCUAAUCACUUGCUUGGUUGGGAUUUACAAAACUUUGUUAUAUGUUUUGAUUUAGUUACGGAGUUAGUUAUCUGAUAAUUCAUUCUAUAAGUGUAGGAAAGAAACAAUGUAGGAAGUUAUUCCACUGCUGCAUUUUUUAUUGAUAGCCGACAAGAUCCUUACAAAACUUUAAAUCAUGUAUUGUCGCCAUCUUAAUGCAGCUAUUUAACUUGAGUUUUGCUAUUUUGUUAGCCGACGACUCAUAAAUAGCUAGAAAAUACAUAAAUAACAAAUUUAUAAGAAUUUAUUUCUUGUGAGUAGUCUCGUACACUUUAGUAAUUUGUAGGAAGAAUUUGACAAUUUGUGCACUAUUUAGAUGUAUCACUACAUGAUGCUGUAUUUCUUUCCUCUAUUUCAUUUUUUAGAUAAAAAAAUAAUGCCAAGCAAUAUGUAUAUGGGCAAUUAAUAUGAUCAUUAAAGGCUCAUAAAUUUGAAGGAAAUACCCGACAAUGAUGUCAUACGGUUAGGUUUCUAAUUCUGAAAAGGAAGAAAUUUUUGUGAACCUUGUCUGGCAGUAGCCGCAUAUCCAACAAAAUGAUGCAUAAUUUCUUUGCCUAUCUAAGAUCAAGAAACCAUAGACAAUCAAUGGGCCACACUUGUCAGAGUAUGAUUAAUCAGGUUUUGUCAGAUGAACAGAUGAAAACAAGAGGAUAAAUUUGAAUAUCCCA